AGUCGACAUCCAUUUCCAGCACCUCACCAAUAAGUGUCUUUGGGUCAAUCAAGUGGUGAGUCGAUUCUGUCAACCCAGUCGCCGCCCCGGGAACCAGACACCAUGGUCACCACGUGAGGACAACAUACUUAUAGGACUCGGACCGCGUAACGACAACUGGUCAGAUAUCAAAAAGAAUUUGCCUGGCAGAACUGAGGCUGCUUCUAAGCAACGUUGCAGAAAGAUUCGCAAAGCCUCUGAACGAGGCAAUGGAAAACUGGAGCCGGGCGCCUGCCAGCAGGAGAUCCGCAAAAUAGAGUGCCUCAGAUAUUUAUGGGUCAUCAGGAGAUUACUUACCGCCUAGAUUACACUUCAUCGCACUCUCAAGCAGUUUUGCCUGAGGUCAACUGCCGAUCUCUCCCACCGGCUGUUAUCAACAGACAGCGAAGCAUGGCGCCUUCUGGGAAUGGAUGUCAGGGUCAAGGGGCAGACGAAAUGUCAGCUUCAUGGCAAACAGAUGAAAACGACAACCAUAGCAGCUCACAUAGGGACAUCCGCUCAGCGCCCAAUAUGGCGGAAACAAAAGUCUUUCGGUGCAUUGUCGCACAUACACUUCCAAAAUAUUGCGAUGAGAGAUUUGACAGCAUAAAGAAGCACAACGAUCAUAUUAGGCAUGACCACUCAUCCGUAUUCUGGUGCAUUCCAUGCCGGUACAAGUUUUCCAUUGCCAUUAGUGAAGAGGAUUUAGAGCUCAAAAAGACUGAACACAGCCAACAGUGCACCAAACAACCGGCAAGAAUCGACCUGGAGCGUUGGGACGAAUACUUCAUACUCAAAGAUAGCAUCUAUAUGCUUGUUACGUCAAGCCAAUGGAUUUAUACUAUUGUUCCUGAUGAACUUGACAAAAAUGGUGGUAAGGAAAGUCUAUCUCACAAUCAAUGGAGGCGAAUUCUUGAAACAGUUUUCCCCAGUAACACAGCCUUCGACGUGUACAGCUCAAGGCACUCGGGUAAACCAGAGCUCGAUUUGCCUCCAAUGUUGCCCCCUAGGGCUGUCGGCAUGCCUCCUGAGGACACUAAGCUUCCUAGAUUCAGCAGCCUCUGUCGUACGUUUGAUACAGCCCCAAGCCCGUCCACGGGCCAAAUCUAGACACUCUGUCACCAAGUCUUGCGAGCUAAUUGGUCGGAUUAGCUGAGUCUAAACAACAAGCUUCUCCGGUUUAUCAUUCAUACCGAGUCAACCAGCGGCCCUGAAUCUUAUAGCCUACAUCAGGCAAGCACCUUUUAGCAGACCGUGUGGAGUCCGCUGAACCUCGGGCAGCUGCAUCAUACGUCAGCUGACUAAACGUUUCCUUCAUCUCCCCUCAACACCAACCGCCUCUAUGGCGAACCAACUCGCCCCUAUCAACCGGGACCCCAACGCGUUGACAUAGCUUGCCUAGUUUCCGCUAUACACGAGAUGGGGUCCUCCAACGCCGAAAACUCCGCUACAGCAUCACUAACUCUAACUUCUGACGUUCCCAACGACGCGUCUACGACCGAAGAAGCCAGAUCGUGCAGGCCCUGGAUCUCUAGAACGCACAUCAUGAUGAGGGCUCGCGGUAGCACCAUGUCACAGUCCAAUAGCCUUAGCAAAUUGCCGUUGGAUGUCGCCCAAGAGACUUUGGAACUGCUACUUGACGUAGGACACCCCAUAGUGGCGGCCGUUCAGCCUCCGAAGACUGGACGCCGAUAAAACCGACGCCAAUGAAGCCGCCACCACUUGCACAACCGAGCAGAUCCGCCAGUACCUCAUCAAAAGUGCUUUCUAUCGCGACCAGGAUAUUUCACGGUUGAAAGUCGACGAUGUAAGUUAUGCCAGGUCAGGGAGAGGACGUCUCAGGCCUUGACAGCCGCGACAAGGAACCGAUGCUGCGAAUCACGAUACUGGAAGUGGUUACGCGGUCAACAGCGAUAAAGAGUAUCCGCGUGAUGAACUCCGUCCUUCAACUCAAGUUCUCCAGUUUGGUCAGAGUCUGAAGGGUCCAGCGAGAAUGCGCUUGUAAAACGCGUUGCCUUGCCACUUCUCUCUGUUCCAGCGCGUAAUCGUGCGCAGACUGUCGAUUCUCAAGGCGGAAGCAGCUUCAUGCUCAACAGCCCAACUUUCCCUCGCUGGAUCACUACGCAACUUCUCGAUCCGACUCUUGUACCUUGGUAUCCUUAACUCUCAUCUCAUCACUAAAUUUUGUUCAUAGGUAUUGUCAUCACGACACUUUCUUCAGGUCAACCUUGUGCGUCAGUAUUUCUCGACAAAUCUAAUAGCUGUGCGCCGUACCUGCAGGAAGUCAUACUCUCAGCGAAUUGCCUGCCACACCUGGAUCAAGUACAUGAUCCAAGCUCGGUUUCCUCUUCUGAUCGACUUGGCCGUCCUGUUGCCUUUCCUGUGGCUAGCAUCCCGAAGGGCUUCCAACGCCGCUCUUUCUUGCUCAAUGACUUGUCUGACCGCCCGAGGAAGGUCUUGGCGAGUAGAAAUCAGGGCAGCUGUGCCAGGGAUUGCAAGGUUGAAGAUGAUGGUACUAGGAAGCCUCUUGUAUUCCCGGCUGGUGACAACAGCAUCGAUCUCAGUCCUUGCAGCUUGAAGCUUAUGAAGCUAUCGUCUGAGUGCAGCUGUUGUUUAACGGCUUGGAGGUUCCCUAGACUGAUGGGGAACUCGUUGAUAUAACGAUGUUGAUGGUGGUAGGAGAAGGCCGUCGAGACGAGCUUCCUUUUGGGUACGUGUGUUGCCAUCUUGCUUUGUGUGGUGCUUAGUGGGAUCGUCUUAUCGGACGUACCAAAAACAUCACCUUGUACCCGUAAGGGCGGUCAAAUGAGUCACAUUCUAGUUUUUUUAUUUAUCAGCUUUGCGCUGUAGCAAUUGGUCAGGCACUUUGGUAUAAUGUCUAAGUUAUGAGCUAGAUGUGUUAUUUGCAGUUGAGACUUGUGGCUGAGACCUUGAGCCAGCAGAGAGAACUUAGUUCAUAGGUAGCUGUUGCGCUAGUCCACAAU